AUGAAUGGUGUCUUGUAUUACCUAUUAUUAACUAUUUUAAAUGUGGAAUUGCUAAUGGGAAAUUUAGGCAAUGCAUUCACAGUGUUAGUGAACGUUAUGGACUGGGUAAAGAGAAUAAAAAUAUCUUUCAUAGAUCAGAUCUUGACUACUCUGGCAAUUUCCAGAAUUGCUUUUCUCUUUUCACUAACUGCAAAUUUAUUUGUAUAUAAAUUCUAUCCAUCCAUAGUAAUAACUAGAAGAAUUGUGAGACAAACUUGUAUUUUCUGGACAGUAACUAAUCAUUUCAAUAUCUGGCUUGCUACAUGUCUUAGCAUCUUCUAUUUUCUCAAGAUAGCCAAUUUUUCAAACUCUAUUUUUCUUCGGACACUGUUGGCAUCUCUGCUCCUCUUGUUUUUAAAUGUUUUAGUCAUAGAUACACACACUGAUGUCUUCAUUUACAGAAUUGAAGCAAAUAUAUUCUUCAGUGUUAUCUCAAGUAAUUAUUCUCAAGUUGCUAGGCUCGUUUUACUUACCAACAUUAUGUUCACACUCAUCCCCUUCACCAUGACCCUGACCGUGUUUCUCCUGCUCAUCUUCUCCCUGUGGAGACAUCUGAAGAACAUGCAGUACAAUGCCAAAGGCCCUAGAGAUGUCAGCAAGGCAGCCCACAUAAAGGCUCUGCAAAUGGUUGUCACAUUCCUGCUACUAUACAGCAUUUUUUUUCUGUCACUUCUUUUGCAGUUUUGUAACAUUAAAUAUAAGCAGAGAAAUUCAGUGUCUCUGCUUUUAUGGACUGUUGGAAUUGCUUUCCCUUCUGGCCACUCAUAUGUCUUGAUUCUGGGAAACACUAAACUUAGACAGGCAUUUAUUUCCACGAUGUGGUGGCUGAGGUGCAGGCUCAGUGCUGUGGAGCCCUCAGUUUCCUAA